CACACGAGAUUUUACUGGUGGAAUUUUAAUUGUUUUAAAGCAUUAUUAAAUAGUACACAAUUUAUGAAAAUUUUAAAUUUCCCCUUUUGAGUUCAAGAUUUGAAUUUUCUGUCCCUAGCCGCAAAGCAAUGGAUUUGUGACGUCAUAAUAUUUCGUGCACUUUCGUGCUAGUGCUGUAAAGUUUUGCAUUGAUUGGACUGUCGUGCUUUGCAACACGGUUUUGUGCGUGACUAAAAAUCGUGACAUGCGUGUCGCAAAGUACAUUUUACAUUUUGGUUUUUAUAUAUUUUUUUGUUGAUACCGCCUGCAUAGGAUAGCAACAAUGCACGUCGAAAAGAAAUCGGAGCUAAGAAGUCUUCUUAAGUCGGGCGAUAAGCGUUGUAAAUUGGUUGAACCACGAAAUGCAAAAAGUUGUGUUUGGAGAUUCUUUAACCUGGUGUCGUGUGAUGAUCGAAUAGAGCCAUAUGCCUGCUGUAAAACCUGUGGUGAUCUAUUAUCCUACAGCGGGAAAACAGGAACUGGCAGUCUAUUGCGCCAUAGAUGUUUACACACGCCUAACGAAAAAACGUCUCGCAUCGCCAAGGCAAAAGUUGUGCGAGAGCCACUGCGUGUGGCGAAACCGAAAAUCGAUGUACAUGCAUCUAUAGCUGGUGCAUUGCCACAGAAAUGGGAGGAGUACGAGCAGAACGACGAAGUUAGCGAGGACAUCAAAGACAUCAUAUACAAUGAAGAUCCGCUCUGCUACAGUCCCAUACAAGUGGUCGAGGAUGAAAUGUUAGACACAGGCGACAAAGUCACCGUAAUGACUAGCAGCAGGGUAACCAGUGCAAAUCCAGUUGUAGCCACAGUGGUCUCAGCGCCCUCGAGCGCUGCAAAGACAUUGAAAAACAAUUUGGAAACAUCCAUUGAGCGGCUGACAACGGUCAGCGAGCAGCUUAGCUACGUUAUACAGCAGCAGCAGGAGGAACAACAGCUCAAGGACGAUGACUAUUACUUCGCACUGAGCCUCGUACCAACUAUGCGACAAUUGUCAGUGAGCCGAAAGCUGUAUGUGCGCUCGAAAAUACAUGAAAUUUUGUACAAAGAGAGUGAGGAGACUACGACUAAAACUGAAUAGUAGUUCAAAGUAUAAGCUACGGAUAUGCAUAAAUCAUUUUUAAAUUUAUCCAAGAAAAAAAAAAGGAAAACAAAGCAGAAAUAAUACAAAAUAACAAAAAAAAAGUAAAUUGUAUCUUAUCAACAAUUAUUCAUGUAGGUUAAAAUGUUUCUUUUUUACGUAUGUUUUACGUACAAUUUGCAAUCUUUGUUGGAACAUUUAAUUAAUAAGCACACAACAUAUGUAUGAACAGAGAGGAAUUCAUAUUGAUAAUUUAGAUUGUAUGAAUGUAUUCAAAUAUUUAAUGCAAAACCUUACAAAACGCUAAUAAAUUUACCUAAGAACUCCAAAA